AUGACUCUGGGCUACAACAUCUAUGAGAUCCUUUUCAAUGCAAGAAUAACAUACGAUGCCAUGAUGGAUUUUCUAUCCAUGGGACAGGAUAACGUCCCAAACUACAGUUGUGGAAGACCCAAAAAUCUGUUGGCUGUGCUUGAAGGGACUGAUUCUGAGCUCUUUAGUCAUGUUUCAAGCAUGCUGGGCAUCUACAAAAUCCCUCAGUUUGUGAAGACAGCAUUUCAGAGUUCCUAUUUGAGCCCUGUGUUGUCAAAGAGAAUUUGGGGAAGAUGCAUAGAAAAAGAGAACUGGGAAAUGCCACCUCACAAUGUGGUUGCAGACAUUUUGUCUGAGGACAGCCACAGUAUUUCCACUGCAAUCCAGGCUGUCUCCUUGGUGCUUCAUGCUGUGCGUUCCUCUCGCUUCCAUUUUCCUCAAGUAGUACAGCCAUGGCAGCUUCAUCCUUUCCUAAGAAACUUCCAGCUUUACAAUCUUUCUGUGGAUAAUGUGUAUUUGGAUGACGACGGAAAUCCAGCUGCUGACUUGGAUAUCAUAAACUGGGCAAUGUUUCCCAACAAGUCUACUGUUGGAGUGAAAAUUGGGAAUAUAGAAAGAGGAGCCUCUUCAGAAGUCAAGGUCUCCAUCAAUCAGAGUGCCAUCAAAUGGCCAACAUCAUUUAACCAGAAGGCACCUUUUUCUAGGUGUGCUAAAAGUUGUCUCCCGGGAUACAGCAAGGUGAAGAGAGAGGGAGCACCUGUUUGCUGCUAUGACUGCUCCUCAUGCAUUGAAGGAACAAUAUCCAGACAGGAAGAUGAAGCCUACUGUGAAAAGUGUCCAGAUGAGCAGCAUUCCAGUAAGAAUCGAGAUCAAUGUGUCCCCAAAGUUUUAAGUUACUUAUCUUAUCAAGAAACACUAGGUCUAAGUCUAGCUCUCAUUGCCUCUUUCUUGUCUCUAACUACUGCCUUUGUCCUGGGAAUCUUCAUUAUACACAGAAAAACUCCCAUAGUCAGAGCCAACAACCGGGACCUCACAUACAUUCUCCUGGUCUCUCUCCUACUUUCCUUCUUGACUUCCCUUUUAUUUAUUGGUCACCCCCAGAAAAUGACCUGUCUCCUUCGGCAAACUGCCUUCAGUAUUGUUUUCUCAGUUGCUGUGUCUUCCUUGUUGGCCAAGACUGUGAUGGUGGUGGUGGCCUUUCUGGCAACAAAGCCAGGCAGCAGCAUGAGGAAAUGGCUGGGGAAGAGUCUACCCAACUCAAUUGUUUUAUCCUGCUCUGGUAUCCAGAUUGGUAUCUGUAUCAUAUGGCUGGGAAUCUCUCCCCCAUUCCCAGAUUCUGACUUCCAUUCCCAACCAGAACACAUCCUGCUGCAAUGCAAUGAAGGCUCUGUCACCAUGUUCUACUCUGCCCUUGGAUACAUGGGUUUCCUGGCUGCCAUUUGCUUCUUUGUGGCAUUUCUGGCUCGAAAGCUGCCAGGGACCUUCAAUGAAGCCAAACUGAUCACCUUCAGCAUGUUGGUCUUUUGCAGUGUUUGGAUCUCCUUUGUCCCCACCUACCAAAGCACCAAUGGGAAAUAUUUGGUGGCGCUACUUCAUCUCUGUACUAUCCCUCAGCUCAAUGCUAUUUGUGAUGAGGAUUGUGAUGAGUGA